AUCCGGAAGUUUAAACUUUCUCUGAGCUGUGUGUACUUUACCCGGCGGUUUAGUUUGGACCGCAGUGGUUUUCCGAGGAAGUCUGGCUGAAAGGGGAAGCAGAAAUAAAGCGGUUUGUUUUGGAGUAGUGUUGUGAAUGUCGUCCGCCGGACCCCAGGAGGAGGCGCGGAGCCUCGUGGACAGCUCCUCCGUCCACGGCAGCUCCGACGCGCUCAACUCCUCCAGCGUCAACCGCAUGUUGAUGGAGUUCCUCAUGUACUUUGGCAGAGCCGUGCUGCUCCUCUACCCAGUCUACCUGACCGGGUACCUGGGCCUGAGCAUCAGCUGGGUGCUGCUCUGCAUGCUGAUGGCCACCUGGUGGAAGAAGAACAGACAGCGGAAAGACGCUCGCUUCGGAUCCGCCAUCGAGUUUGUGGACAACGAGAAGCAUGUCAUCAACAAGGAGCUGAAAAGUGGCUUACAGAUGGCAUCCUGGGUUAAUUUCCCUGAUGUUGAGAAAGUUGACUGGGUUAACAAGGUGGUGGAGAAGGCAUGGCCUUUCUUUGGAAUGUUCAUGGAGAAGCUCCUCAAGGAAAACAUCCAGUCUACUAUCAGAAUGACCAAUGCUACAUUAAAAAUAUUCACUUUCACCAAAGUCCACUUUGGGCACAUACCUCCCAGGAUUACUGGAAUUAAAGCAUACACUGAUGAAGUGGAUCACAGGGAGGUGAUUCUGGACAUGAAGAUAAGCUAUGAAGGUGACAUGGACAUCGAUGCUGAUGUUACAUCAGGAAUCAAAGUUGGUGUCAAAGGUCUGAAGAUGCAGGGAAUGCUGAGGGUCAUUCUAGAGCCCCUUAUUGGUGACGUACCUUUGGUAGGGGGACUCACCUUUUUCUUCAUGCGUCGCCCUACCAUGGAGUUGAACUGGACGGGCUUGACUAAUCUCUUGGACUGCCCCGGUCUCAAUCAUUUCUCCGAGGAGACCAUCAAUGAAAUCAUUGCCUCUCUCAUGGUGCUGCCCAAUCGCAUGUGUUUUCCUCUCAUAGAUCAGGUUAAAAUGGACAACAUGAGAUUCCCGCUGCCCCGUGGGGUGGUGAGAGUUCACUUGCUGCGGGCCAGAGACCUGGAGGCCAAGGAUACAUACCUGCUGGGAAUAGUCAAAGGAAAGUCAGACCCAUAUGUGAUCCUCAGAGGCAGCCAUAAGCAAGUCAAAAGCAAGACCAUCAAAGAGAAUCUGCACCCGGAGUGGAACGAAGUGUAUGAGUUUGUGGUCCAUGAGGCUCCAGGCCAAGAACUGGAAGUGGAGUUGUUUGACGAGGACCCCGACAAGGACGACUUCCUCGGAAGUUUUCAGUUGGACUUUGGAGAAGUGAAGAGAGAGAAAGAAAUUAACCAGUGGUUUACACUGGAAGGUGUCCAGAGUGGAGAAGUUCUUCUCAAACUCCAGUGGCUUUCCCUGAGUACUGACACCAGCCUGUUGCAGGAGUCCACUCACGGGUGUGCCUGUGCGAUGCUGGCAGUAUAUUUGGAUAGUGCCUCAAACUUACCUAAAGAUGACAGUGAGAUCAUCCACAACCAGAAACACAAGAAGCAUGGGAAGGAAGCUCGGCUUACAAAGAGAAAUGUUGGUCCAAAUUCAUAUGUGGAGCUUUCCGUGGAUAAGGUUGUUCAGAAAAGCAAGGUUGCGUUUACAUCUAAAGACCCGGAGUGGGCCGAGGGCUUCACCUUCUUUGUGCAUGAUGUGAAAACGCAGCGACUCUGUAUUCAGGUCAAAGCACAUGAGAAGAAAACUGUGCUUGGUACUCUGAGUCUGCCUCUGACUCGCCUCCUCGGCAUCUCCGACAUGACACUCGACCAGCGCCUCAUGUUAGAAUUCUCUGGAGCCAACAGCCAGAUCAAACUGAAGGCCACUCUCAGGAUUCUUACUGUGGAACGGCCACCACAAGACAUCAUCAAGACUCCACCACAACCCAGUGUGCAAAGCCUACAGGCCAAACAGGGAAGUGCUACAUUAGCUGCUUCCGCUGCUCCCAGGCUUGCCAGCUCUCCAGUUGCCCAAUCCUUAUCUCCAGCGAAGUCUGUCAAUGGCUUAAGUGACAGUUACACACACAACCGCCGUGGCUCCUUCCUGGCUUCCGGAACUCAGCAGAAGCCCUCUUCGGGGUUGAGCAUGCGUCGAUAUGACUCCCACAGUCUGCUUUCGGACAACUCUAUUGCCUCAUCGCGAUUGGAUAUUACAGAAGGAGCACAAUAUCCAGAGGCUAUUAGGAACCAUAAGGGGUCAUUUGGGGAGAUCCAGCUAACUGUGCGCUAUGCUACCCUGAGGAAAAAACUCAUCGUUAUUGUGAACUCCUGCAGGGACUUGUUCCCCUGCAGCGAGAACAGCACAGACUCUUACGUUCGCCUGUAUUUGCUCCCCGACCAAACCUGGAGACACCGCAAGAGAACACACGUCAAAAAGAGGACAAUAAAUCCUGUCUUCAACGACAAGUUUGAGUUUGAUGUGUCACUUAGUGAAGUGCGGAGUAGGAAGUUGGAUGUGUCGGUGAAAAACAACAAAAUGUUCCACAGGAGAGAGAGAAAGGAGAUUGGCACGGUCGUGCUCGAGCUUUCCCAGCUGGAUCUAAACAAAGGCGUCACAGACUGGUAUGAGCUCACUCUGCCUGAGCUGCAGAAGUCCAACCAGCCGAUGGGCAGCUAGGAGAGCCACUGCUCAGCCACAUUAAGACCAAGUGCAGAUCCAUUAACCACCUGAAGAGUUGAUCAUCGCCACAGCCAGGCUACCAAAACACCCAUCUGUCUGUCUGCUUCUAACAGACAGUAAAUAAAUGUGGUAACAUUACUGUUUAAAAGUCCUCUCAAAUGAGACACACGCACACUCACGUCAGUGAUACUGUAAAAGUCUGCCCCCCCACAAAAAAAGAAAUCUUUACACUUUAAAUGCACUUCCAUUUACAGAUCCCUGCUGUUUAAUACGAGAAUGUGCUGAAUUAUUUACAUCUGUCACACUUUCUUGUGCCCAUGAUAAAGUGGACAAACUGUUCUAGAUUUUCACCAGAUUUGAGCUGGACGUCCUGAUUGUGUGUAUCUCGGAUCUCUUAAAGACUGCACAUCUUGUUGAAGAGUGGCUCUUUUUUAUAUGCCUACCUUAAUCAGUCGAACAUAAAAACACCAUUCUACAUAAAUUAUAAACUGUCCAGAUUUAAAUUUUGACAGCAGAACUACCAGUAUUGUGUUUACUGUAAUCCCAGUGUGGUAACGUGGUUUGAUCACCAACGAAACAUUGGAGCAGCCAAAGUGGUUCAUCCAACACUAGGGCCAAAUGAAUGCCAUGGUACAAAUUACCGGCGGAGGAUUCUGGUUGUACGACUGUGCCUGCCUGUUUAUCUAGCUAGAAUAUAGGUCAGGAAUUCGGAUUUAUGUAUAUAUUUCAAAGUUGAGGUUUUUCUUUUUGUUGUCAUGUAAAUAGUAUUAAGCUUGGCACUGUUGUCAAAAUGUGUUACUACCCAAAUCAUGCUUUGUUGUAGCCAGAUUGCUUUUGAAUAAGUGUUUUUCAUUUUCAAAUUUGUCAUAUUACUGGUUUCAGUAAAAUGACAACUCUUCUUAAUCCAGUCUUUUCUAAUGAAAAAAAAAUCCCGCAAUCGUUCAGUUAAUACUGGUUUAUCUGGAGAAUUAAGUUUAGUUUUAUUCUCUAAAACACGUUUGAAGCUGAGGUGUUUUCUUUGAUUUAGAAACUUCAAAGCAGCUCUGUGUGAAUGAAGACAAAUCGACAACAGAUCAAUGUCUGCUAAGGCUUCACAUAAUUCUGCUUUGAUGGUUUUACAUACUGUUUGUUUCUUACUUUCUCUUCAGAAAGUUCCGUGAAGUCAAAGUACUGAGAACAAAUUGUUGUCACUAAAGAAUAAAAGAUGAAUAUUAUUGCUCCUGUAUGGAGUAGAUGUAGCUCUUUCCUGAUGUCCAUUAAUGACUUCACAUCAAAGCAAAAUAUAUUUUAAAGACAUCUGGUUAAAACCUGUUCAAAUGAUUGUUUAUAGAGCUCAUAAUGUGACUUGUCAAUAUUUAGGAGAAAUAAAUUAGAGAUGUUCUGCUCAGAUUCUCUUCUUUGUCAAAAGCCCAAGUUGGACCUCUUUGCCGGUCAAACUCUGUUCUAUUUUUAUUUAUAUAAAUAAAUAUAAAUUGUGUUACAUUAACCUAAAAUGUUUGAAGAGGUUUCAAAAACACAGAUGAUCACAAAGUCUGUCAUCAAUGUGCAAUCAGAUCCAGGUGUUUGUAACUUUUCCUCUUUGUACUGCCACAAUAUCUGGAUCAGUGGCCAACAAUCCAGAUCAAAGGUCAGCAAUCAGAGGUCAGAGUUAAGUCAGAAUUUUUUUUUUUUUUUUUUUUUUUUUUUGGUAUUUCAGUCUCUUUUUAUAAAGUUAAAGUUUUACUGUCAUAGUUUUUAAUUUGUGGGGACUGGGGGAAGACUUAUUUUUUCCGAUUACAGAAAUGUUUCUAAAGUUGUGCUUGUACUUUGAGCUACAAGUAACCUCUGUACAGUUUGUCCAUCUCUGUGAAUAAAUGAUUAUCUUCCAGAA